CUCACAUUCCAGGAGUCCCGCCGGGGAGGGGCAGGAUGCUGUGGUCCCUGCUGCUGCUUGCCUCAUGGGCCUGGUCUGGCAUUCAGGCUGGAGACCAGGACGAGGACACCACCUUUGACCUCUUCAGCGCCAGCAACAUCAACCGCAAGACCAUCGGGGCCAAGCAGUUCCGGGGCCCGGACCCCCGCGUGCCCGCCUAUCGCUUCGUCCGGUUCGACUACAUCCCGCCGGUGGGCGCGGAGCAUCUGGGCAGGAUCGCCGAGGCCAUGCGGCGGAAGGACGGCUUCUUCCUCACGGCCAGCCUGAAGCAGGACCGCAGGUCCCGGGGCACCCUGCUGGCCCUCGAGGGCCCCGGCGCCGCGCAGCGGCAGUUCGACAUCAUCUCCAACGGCCCCGCCGACACGCUGGACCUCACCUACUGGGUGGACGGCACCCAGCACGUCAUCUCGCUGGAGGACGUGGGCCUGGCCGACUCCCAGUGGAAGAACAUCACCGUGCAGGUGACCGGGGAGACCUACAGCCUGUACGUGGGCUGCGAGCUGAUGGACAGCUUCACGCUGGACCAGCCCUUCUACGAGCAGCUGAAGACAGAAAGCAGCAGGAUGUACGUGGCCAAAGGCUCCGGCCGAGAGAGUCACUUCCGGGUAGAUGGCUUCUUCGUGUCUCCUGGGAAUUAUGACAAGCGCAAAUCGCUCUUUUAUGGAUCGUCACAGUUCUCGCUCACGUAUUCGUCUGCCACUCGGGACAAGUGCCGUCCAGCCUCAGCUCCGGGCAGUGCCCUGCGAGGCCACCACGCUGUGGCCAGAGGCCGGUGGGCUCACUGUUUUCAUGUCCUUCCUGCAGCCGAAGCCAACGCCAUCAGCGAGGACACGGACACGCUGCACCUGAGCCCCCCGGGCUCCACAGAGUAUGUGGGUCAGGGCGUGGAGAAGGCGCCGGAGGUGUGCGAGCACUCGUGCGAGGCCCUGGGCAGCAUGAUCAAGGAGCUGUCGGGGCUGCACGUCGUGGUGAACCAGCUCCAAGAGAACCUGCGGAGAGUGUCCAGCGAUAACCAGUUUCUCUGGGAGCUCAUCGGUGGGCCUCCCAAGACCCGAAACAUGUCAGCCUGCUGGCAGGACGGCCGCUUCUUUGCAGAAAAUGAAACCUGGGUGGUGGACAGCUGCACCAAGUGCACCUGCAAGAAAUUUAAAACUGUUUGCCAUCAAAUCACCUGCCCGCCGGCGACCUGUGCCGACCCAUCCUUCAUGGAGGGCGAGUGCUGCCCCUCCUGCUUCCAUGACGGCGAGGAAGGCUGGUCCCCGUGGGCGGAGUGGACAGAGUGCUCUGCCACCUGUGGGUCUGGCACCCAGCAGAGGGGGCGGUCGUGCGACGUCACCAGCAACACAUGUUUGGGGCCGUCCAUCCAGACGCGGGCGUGCAGCCUGGGCAAGUGUGACCACCGCAUCCGGCAGGAUGGCGGCUGGAGCCACUGGUCGCCGUGGUCCUCCUGUUCCGUGACCUGCGGUGCCGGGAACGUGACGCGCAUCCGCCUCUGCAACUCGCCGGUGCCCCAGAUGGGCGGGAGGAGCUGCAAGGGCAGCGGCCGCGAGACCCAGGCCUGCCUGUGCUCUCCCCUCGCAGUGGAUGGUCGGUGGAGCCCCUGGUCCCCAUGGUCAGCCUGCACGGUCACCUGUGCUGGAGGAAUCCGGGAGCGGACACGCGUCUGUAACAGCCCCAAGCCACAGCAUGGAGGGAAGGACUGCGUCGGGGACAUCACGGAGCGUCAGAUGUGCAACAAGAGGAGCUGCCCGCUAGACGGCUGCCUGUCCAACCCCUGCUUCCCUGGAGCGCCUUGCAGCAGCUUCCCCGACGGCUCCUGGUCCUGCGGCUCCUGCCCGGUGGGCUUCCUGGGCAACGGCACCCACUGCGAGGACCUGGACGAGUGUGCCGUGGUCACUGAUGUGUGCUUCGCGACCAGCAAGGCUCACCGCUGCGUCAACACCAACCCGGGCUUCCACUGUCUGCCCUGCCCCCCACGCUACAAGGGGACUCAGCCCUUUGGGGUUGGCCUGGAGGAAGCCAGGACCGAGAAGCAGGUGUGCGAGCCUGAGAACCCCUGCAAGGACAAGACCCACAACUGCCACAGGCACGCGGAGUGCGUCUACCUGGGCCACUUCAGCGACCCCAUGUUCAAGUGCGAGUGCCAGACCGGCUACGCGGGCGACGGGCUCAUCUGUGGGGAGGACUCGGACCUGGACGGCUGGCCCAACAGGAACCUGGUCUGCGCCACCAAUGCCACCUACCACUGCGUCAAGGACAACUGCCCCCUCCUGCCUAACUCUGGACAAGAAGACUUUGACAAGGACGGCAUUGGGGAUGUGACCCGGCAAACACCCCUGUGCUGUUCCUUAUGCCCUUCCCUCUCUUUUUUGCUCCAGGACAACUGCCAACUUCUCUUCAACCCCCGUCAGUUUGACUAUGACAAGGACGAGGUCGGGGACCGCUGUGACAACUGUCCUUACGUGCACAACCCAGCCCAGAUCGACACGGACAACAACGGGGAGGGAGAUGCUUGCUCGGUGGACAUCGACGGAGAUGACGUCUUCAAUGAGCGAGACAACUGUCCAUACGUGUACAACACGGACCAGAGGGACAGCGACGGCGACGGAGUGGGAGACCACUGCGACAACUGCCCGCUGGUGCACAACCCGGACCAGACGGAUGUGGACAAUGACCUGGUGGGAGACCAGUGCGACAACAACGAAGACAUCGAUGAGGACGGCCACCAGAACAACCAGGACAACUGCCCCUACGUGUCGAAUGCCAACCAGGCCGACCAUGACCAUGACGGCAAGGGCGACGCCUGCGACUCAGACGAUGACAACGACGGGAUUCCCGAUGACAGGGACAACUGCAGGCUUGUGCCCAACCCUGGCCAGGAGGACGCAGACGGUGACGGGCGAGGUGAUGCUUGCAAAGACGACUUUGACAAUGACAGCGUCCCUGACAUCGACGACGUGUGUCCUGAAAACCAUGCCAUCAGUGAGACCGACUUCCGGAACUUCCAGAUGGUCCACCUGGACCCCAAGGGCACCACUCAGAUCGAUCCCAACUGGGUCAUUCGCCAUCAAGGCAAGGAGCUGGUGCAGACGGCGAACUCUGACCCCGGCAUCGCUGUCGGUUUUGAUGAGUUUGGGUCCGUGGACUUCAGCGGCACGUUCUACGUCAACACGGACCGCGAUGAUGACUACGCGGGCUUUGUCUUCGGGUACCAGUCCAGCAGCCGCUUCUACGUGGUGAUGUGGAAGCAGGUCACGCAGACCUACUGGGAGGACCAGCCCACCCGGGCAUACGGCUACUCGGGGGUGUCCCUCAAGGUGGUGAACUCCACCACGGGGACGGGCGAGCACCUGAGGAACGCGCUGUGGCACACCGGGAACACGGAAGGACAGGUGCGCACAUUGUGGCACGACCCCAGGAACAUUGGCUGGAAGGACUACACCGCCUACCGGUGGCACCUGACCCACAGGCCGAAGACCGGCUACAUCAGAGUCUUAGUGCACGAAGGAAAACAGGUCAUGGCCGACUCAGGACCCAUCUAUGACCAGACCUACGCUGGCGGGCGGCUGGGGCUGUUUGUCUUCUCUCAAGAAAUGGUCUACUUCUCGGACCUCAAAUACGAAUGCAGAGACGUCUAAACAAGAUUGGCUGCAUUUCCAGCAGAGUACUGUAGACGCUGUUACCCAGACACCUCAGCCCAUCCGGCGCCCCCAGCCUCUCUCUAGCUGCCCCUCCUGUCCUUGACCCCGACUUUGAGUGGUUCUCCGCCUCCUUCACCUCCUGUCAUCGACCCAAGCCCAAGCGCCUUCAGAGGAUGAACAUCAGUGGAACCUGAAGACGAGCACGCAGCCCACGACAGGAAGCCCAGUCUGAUGAGACAUGAGACUUUCCGUGGAGAGAAAGCUGAGCAUGAUGUUACACUGCUUUUUCCUUGUUUGUUUAAAGAGAACGACGUUUACAUGUAAAAUGUAAGUGCUUGUCGUAUUUAUGUGUGUGUGGAGCUGCGGGAAUAUUGUGUGCAAGCCACUAUCAUAAAUUAAGCAGGAGUAAAUAUCGCUACCCCACUUCCAUCGUGAGAGCACCCCAGUCCCAUUAGGCCAGGGGUAGAGAAGGGCCAGCUCCAGUUAGAAGUCAGGCCGUCGUCAGGAAGAGGCCAGGAGAGACCAGGUGUGUGACGUGGGGUGUCAGGUCGCUAACUGGAACAGGACAGACAGUUACGGGAAUAAACGAGUGCCCUUCCCCAGCCUCUCAUCCUCCGGUGAACGCCCUCGUACUCGGCAGGGGUGCAGCUUUGUCAGAGAAGGGCCGUCCCUGCAAAAUGUGGGUCCAGAUGUGGGUCUGACCAAGCCUCAUUUACGGGAAGGGUUCAGAGAGGGGUGCACUGUCCCUGCAGCUGGGGCCCUCAAGCUGUUGCCUGCCUGGGACCCCCGGCCAACGUCUCUUGAUUUCAUGCUCUGAUCACCGGAAUUCUUUCUGGAGCUUUGUCCGAGUGUGCUGGCGGAGGAACAGACAGCAGAGAAGUCAGCAAAUGCACUUCGGCCUCUAGUUCCCAGUCUAGGCUUUGAAGCUCCGGACCAGUUGCUUGUACCUAACUCGGUAACACAUUUCAUUAAGGUUCCGGUUAUAAGUGCUGUGUUGCUAUUUAUUAAAUGGAUAUAGAAUGAAGUUCCCCUCACCAGUAACUUAUUUUAAAUAUGCCAAGUAGCACAUACGGAGUGUAAUUUCUAGAAGUAAACGUAUAACUAGUGUAUGAUAAUAUAAAGACACAGUUAUAGCAAAAGAGCUCCCUGUCAAAAUACAAGGCUUUCAAAUAUUAUGUUGUCAUGAUAAAGCUCGCUGUGGACAUGAUAGCAUAGACACAUACUAAGGAGAGUUUAUAAUGGAACCUUAAUAUAUACCGUUGCAGCAACUCUGAUUUGAUGGCUGUUACUGGUGCGUGUCUGCUGUGUGUUGGAGGCGGGGAACUCUGGAAGCUGAGGGGACCCAGUGUGGUCCUGGCAGAAUAGCCAGCGCUCAGUCAUGCAGUAAUAGGGCCCAGGCUUGAUCUGUUUUCCGCUUUCAGUUGCAUGAUCUUCCUGCAGGAACCGUUGGUUAGUCUCGUUCCACACGGGGUUCAGUGGGAGGACUCGCUGUGUCGCCGAGGCAGGUGAACUGUCCGCCCCUCCCUGUCGGCCGCGCCAUCGCCGCUUUGUCCCGGGAGGGGGCCCACGACCUUGGCCCCACUUGCCGUGCUGUCUGAUGAUGUUUUACUUGUUGCUUCCGCUGGGGUUGAUUUUUUUGUUUCGCUGCACUUUUCACCUUUUUCUUCUUUUUUUGUGGAAAUGUAUUCCCAGACAAUGAAGGUGGGGAGACCUCAUUAAAUGUGACCAUUGUGACGAGCGUGUGGGUCUUCUGUGUCGGGGGUGUUUGGCCGAACCACACCGUGGAGUGGGAGGAUGAUGUGAAUAUUUAGAAUGUACCAUAUUUUUUGUAAAUUAUUUAUGUUUUUUUUAAAAACAAACUUCUCAUACAGAUUGAUGAAACUUCUUCUGUUUUGCCAAAGACUGUAAAUAUUUAUUUAUUUGUUCACAUGGUCAGAUCUUCACCCCUGAAACCCUGCACAUAGCUAGCACCUCAUUUUUAUACUUUAAAGAUGAAUAACAGGAAAUAAAUUGUAAAAAGGUUUUCUAUAAA